CCGCAUCCUGGAGCACCUCAGCUCGGGCCGCCACUGCCGCAACCGCCGCCUGCUCCGGCAGCUCGGGCUGCGCUCCCCGGGGCUCCGCUCUGCAGAUCCCGACUCCAGCCUGAGCCUGGACCUUCCCCUGCCACUCAACGUGCCCUCCCUGCUCUCCCAUCCCUCCUUCCUCAUCACCACUGGAUCCAGCACCGGCUACAGCAUGGUCCCCUCCCCACCCUCCUACCACAAGCUGCUGGUUCCCCACCACCCCAUCCCUGCUGCGCACGGGGAUGACCCAACGCCCUCCACCUCCGCCAGCCACCCCUCCUUGCUGGCCACCUUCCACACCAAGAUUGCACCUGUUGGCCAAAGUGGGCCCACACCUGAUUCCUCCAACAGCCCAACACCCCUCUCAUAUCACGGUGGCAGCGGUGUCGGCCUCGUGCUCUUCGGCGCAGGGCUUGUGAGCAAAGCCUUGUUGCAAAGCCUGGUGGAGGAAACGGGCUGCUGCCUGCUGUACGUGGUGGAGGAUCGGCCCGAGGAGGUGGAACGAGCGUUCGGCACCGAGGUCCCAGCCGGCACCAGGGUGCUGCAGCGGCAGGAUGCUGCCGUUGCGCUCGGCGAUCCGCGAGUCUCUGGAGCCAUUAUUUGUUCUCCACCUGACGAAGCCCCUGAGAUAGUAAGAGAUGCCUUACGAGCAGGUAAAGGUGUGUUCUGCGAGGGGCUGCCCAGCUUGGACAGACAAACAGCAGAAGCCUGUUUUGAUGAGGCCGACAGGUGUGGGAGGCCACUCGUGUGUGGGUUUUACAAGCGCUUUGACCCAGCCCUGCAGUUCUUGUACAAGAAGGUUCGGGACAGCCGGGCGCUGGGCAGGAUCCACCGCAUAUCCACCAUCAGCAGCCUCUAUCCAGCAGCCUCUCUCAGCCUGCUGAAAGCCUCAGGUGGAAUUUUUUACAACGCUGCCGUGCAUGACAUAGAUAUUAUCAGUUUGUUGUUGGGAGAGAGUGUGCCAGAUACAAUAUUUUCCCUGGGCCAUGCCUUCUGUGCAGACAUGGGCUGCCUGAGGGAUGUGGACACGGUUGCCGUCAGCAUGAAGUUCCCCAGCGGAGCCAUUGUCACUCUGGACGUCAGCCAGCACUGCACCAGGAGCUGUGACCAGCGGCUGGAGGUUCAUGGGUCUCAAGGGACGUUAAGGGUGGACAACCAGAACCCCCUGGGCAUCACAGAGCAUGGGACUUCUGUGUCCAUCUGUCCCCAAACCCAAGCUGAGCGCUACAGAGACGCGUACAGGCAACUCUUCCGGCACUUCCUGAGAACUCUGAAAGGCCACGAGCCCCCCGUGGUCACCAAGGAGCAGUUCCUCUGGACGAUCCAGGUCGCUGCAGCGGCCGAGCAAUCCUGGAGGAACGGAUCUGCCGUGGACUUGCACAGCAGUGUCACAGACCCGCCUGGAGUCAAGGCUGAGCUCGUGUGACAGCCAUUCAGCUGGGACACAGGGAGGACUUCUCACCCAGUGGCCUCAACAGAAGCCUGGAUGGUGGUUUUGAUGUUCCCACUGGGAAUGCCCGGCAGAUAGAGGCACUUCUGAACCAGGAGCACUCGGUGCUGGGGCAGUGCAGGCCUCCUACCACAUCAGCCAGAGCCUGCGAGAAAUUCUGUGUGGUUUCAUCCAGGUGGUUUUUCCUCCUGGAGAGUGCUGCUGGCCACAGAGCUCUGUUUUCCUGGAAGGAGUGAUGCUCCUUGGACCAGGCAGGGUGGUGUAGGGCCAAUAGCUGGGAUGAGGGAGAAGAAGUCUCCCCUUGGAGAGGGAACAGCCACUGCCUGCCUGGAGGAGAGGUCACAAGCAGGUGCCUUCCCAGCAGUGCCACAAGUGAAGUGAGGUGAUGCUCAGAAAGCCACAGGAGCAUCUGGUCUGUGAGGAUGUUUGGGUUGGCCGUAUGGAAGAAAUUGGAGGGUGGUGAGGGGCUGGAAUGGAUUUCCCAGAGCAGCUGUGGCUGCCCCAUCCCUGGAAGUGUCCAAGGCCAGGUUCUUUGGGCACCCUGGGACAGGUGUUCCCGCCCGUGGCAGGGGAUGGGAUGAGCUGUAAGGUUCCUUCCAAAUAAACCAGUCUGGGAUUCCAUGAUGCUGUUUGGGACACAGACCCCUGCAGAAGGCAGAGCCACAGGCAGUGUCUCUGCCAGGAGCUCUGGACCUUUGUCAUGUGUGGAGCUCUCUGCAGGAGUGUGGCUCUGACUGCUCCUGUAUGGCUGUCACAUGCCAGUUUUCAAGAUCUUUUGACCCCUUUUUUUUGUAUUUUUUUUUAAUUGCAACAAUAUUCUUGACUUCUUCCAUUCCAAGGCAUUAGUUUAUAAACUUCUUGCAAGAACUUUUGGUUCAGUCAAUUCCCAGUUCCUACCUGUGGAAUAUAUACUCCUAAAACUAGAAAUAGUGGUGAUAUUUGUGUUCUCUUUGGGAAAUUGUUUUCAACAGUGUAAUUUUUCCAAGCUCAGAAAAACUGUGUCUUAAUGCUUGUUCUCAUUCAUUCACUAAUUUUCAGUCAUUAAUUGAGAGAAGAAAAAUGUUUUAUGUAUCCAGAAACUAUUUUUUGCCUCUCUGUACUCACUGUUGCAGUUUAAUACUCAAUGGUGGGUUUUCUUUUCAUUUCAGUCGCUUCAGACCCUUUGAGGUCCUACAGGUGAAGGUUAUUCUGAGUUAGGAGGGCACUUUCUGUCCAGUUUUAAUUUCCAGAUGCAGCAGUUCCCACAUGUGCUUUUAUUGUGUUACAAAA